UCUGAGUGGGUGUAGUCUUUUAUUUGGGUCAUGUGUGUCUAAGUUGGGAAAGAAGCCCAAGAAUUAGAUGUUAAAGAAAUAAGCCCAUUGGCCAAAUAUAAUACAGAGUACACAUAAUAGCCUAGGAAGGAAAAAGAAAAAAACCCUAGCAAUUCCUUUUCCGUCUUCUUCCUCUUUGGACCCUAGCAAAGGAAUCUCAGGGGAAAGAUGGUUAAAGUAUAAAUAAAAAACUUGUUUGGAAAUUCAAUCAAGACCCCCAGGGAUUUUGUGGAGUACAAGAGCCGAUCUCCGCUCACCCUCCUGCUUCGGCCGAUCUUCUCCAACUUCAUUCCAUCGUCAACCCAAGUUCUCUGUCAACGCAGUGCAAGCAAAAGAGAGCGAGAAAAUGCUGGAUUUAAAUCUUUUCCGGGAAGACAAGGGCUAUAACCCCGAAGUUAUUCGAGAAUCUCAGAGGCGCCGUUUUGCUAAAGUUGAUGUGGUUGACGAGGUUAUUCAGCUGGACAAAGAGUGGCGUGAGCGGCAAUUCAAGCUGGAUAACUUGCGCAAAGAGUUUAAUAAGAUCAACAAAGAAGUGGCCAAGUUGAAGAUCGCCAAACAAGAUGCAAGUGAGUUAAUUAAGAAUACUGAAGAGAAUAAGAGAUUGACUGCAAAAAAAGAAGAAGAGGUGCAGGAGGCCCGAGAUGCAUUGUAUAAACAGUUGGAAAGCAUUGGAAAUCUUGUGCAUGACUCAGUUCCAGUGAGCGAUAAUGAGGACAAUAAUGCUAUAGUUCGUUGUUGGGGUGAUAAGAGAGCUGAACAGGGCCUCAAAAAUCAUGUUGAGCUUGUCAAGCUUCUUGGAAUUGCUGAUCUGGACAAGGGAGCAAAUGUUGCUGGGGGCAGAGGCUACUAUCUAAAAGAUGCUGGCGUUGAUCUAAACCAAGCAUUAAUUAAUUUUGCCCUUAGUUUUUUGAGAAAGAGGAAAUUUUCUCGAUUACAGACUCCAUUCUUUAUGAGGCAAGAUAUCAUGGGAAAAUGUGCUCAACUAGCACAAUUUGAUGAAGAACUUUACAAAGUAACUGGCGAGGGAGAGGAUAAAUAUCUUAUUGCAACAGCUGAACAGCCUCUUUGUGCAUAUCAUAUGGAUGAUUGGAUUCAUCCCGCAGAUCUUCCAUUAAGGUAUGCCGGAUAUUCCUCAUGCUUCCGUAAAGAAGCUGGUUCUCACGGUCGUGACACACUUGGGAUUUUUCGUGUUCAUCAAUUUGAAAAAGUCGAGCAGUUUUGUAUUACUAGCCCGAAUGGAAAUGACUCCUGGGACAUGCACGAGGAGAUGCUCAAGAACUCAGAGGAGUUCUACCAGCAGCUUAAGAUUCCGUAUCAGGUUGUUUCAAUUGUUUCUGGUGCAUUGAAUGACGCUGCUGCUAAAAAGUAUGACUUAGAGGGAUGGUUUCCUGCUUCCGGCACCUACAGAGAACUUGUUUCAUGCUCGAACUGCACAGAUUACCAGUCAAGAAAAUUGGAAAUUCGUUAUGGGCAGAAAAAGGGAAACGAGCAGUCGGCCAAACAAUAUGUCCAUCUAUUGAACUCAACUCUCACGGCAACCGAGAGGACACUGUGCUGCAUCCUUGAGAAUUACCAGACAGAAGAAGGCGUGGCAGUCCCUGAAGUUUUGCAGCCUUUCAUGGAUGGAGUGUCGUUCCUCCCAUUCAAAAGCAUCCCAAACGGUAAAGGGAAAAAGUCUAAAUAAAGCUCAACAAAAAGCUAGCCUUUGGCUUUUUUUUUUCCUCUUCUUUUUUUCCCUUUUGUAAAAGCCAACACCAUGAACUUACUGUGUAUUUGGUUGGGUCUCUCAGGCCUCAAGAAACUAACUAAAUGUCAGAAGCCCUUUUUGAUGUGUUGCUUAUUCUGCUUGAUUUUGUUGGACCAUUUUUCUGAAGCAGAAUUGUAUCUCUAAGUAUGAUGGCAUUUGUUAUUUCUCUAUUUUUUAUUUUGUUGGUGCAUUUGACCAAUUAUACUCUGUUAUCAGUACCAAAUAUUUGAAAAUGUGGACAAUAUGUUUCAAAGUGAUAAGUUUUAUAUAUCUCUUGCUAAUCAUGUUAAGAUAUAGACAUUGGGUCU